UGUACCAAAGCCCAGUUUCACAUCCUUUCUCCUUAACAGGUUCAUCUAGUGUUUAUAAGAUAAUUGCAACUUUGUGGCACUGAUCCAGACAGCACCUGUUCUGCCCAGGGUGCUCUCAACAUGCCCUGUCUGAGAUCUUCCCAGGAGUCACCCUUUAGGAAAAAUCUCCAGGAGAAGGGUCUAAGCGUGGGUGGAGGUGAAAAGUGGGAAGUGUGGUAUAGAAGGAAGGGGUCUGAACCCACUUUUAUAGCCUUGCGUUUUAGGGACCCAGUGGGGCUCUUCGGAGCUCAGGGGCUCGAAGUCAGAAGUCAGAGGCCCCGAGGUCGGGGAGCCAGCGGCCCAGGAGGCCGCUCCGGGACGCAGUGAGAGGCACUUUCCAGCAGAGGGACAGGAGGAGCCCUGGGCACCCUCGGGCACACUCUCAUAUUUCCUGUUGGCAGGGCCCGAGUUCCCAGCCCAGGUAGCGGCUACAAGGAAGGAAGGGCCUCACAGCCAAGCCAGCUUUGCGCAGGGCGCAGAGUCCUCACCCUCUGAGGCGCAGCUGAGAUGCCUCGACAGUUCCCCAAGCUGAACAUUUCAGAGGUGGAUGAGCAGGUGCGACUGCUGGCCGAAAAGGUGUUUGCUAAGGUGCUCCGGGAGGAAGACAGCAAAGAUGCCUUAUCGCUGUUCACUGUGCCCGAGGACUGCCCCAUUGGGCAGAAGGAGGCCAAAGAGCGCGAGCUGGAGAAGGAGCUGGCUGAGCAGAAGUCCGUGGAGACGGCCAAAAGAAAGAAGAGUUUCAAGAUGAUUCGAUCCCAGUCACUUUCUCUGCAAAUGCCAGCCCAGCAAGACUGGAAGGGUCCACCAUCAUCCACCCCUGCCAUGUCGCCCCCAACGCCAGUCCCCGCAGGAGCGGCUUCCCAGGCAGCUCCUGGGUCAUUUGCUAUGCCUGAGUUUCAGCGCGUCACCAUCAGUGGAGAUUACUGUGCUGGGAUCACUGUAGAGGAUUAUGAGCAGGCUGCCAAGAGCCUGGCCAAGGCCCUGAUGAUUCGGGAGAAGUAUUCGAGGCUUGCCUACCACCGCUUCCCAAGGACCACUGCCCAGUACCUGUGCCCUCAGAGGGCUGAGAAGUGGGGCCCUGGGGAUGAGGUAUUUCCAGAUUUCCACCCACCCCCAGAGCCACAUGAAAAUCCCUAUUGUCUGGACAACACCCCCCCAAACCUGGGCUACGUGCUCAGGAUGCAGGGUGGUAUCAUUUUUGUGUAUGACAAUGAAGAGAUGCUGAAACACAAUGAGCCCAGAAGCCUGCCAUACCCUGACCUGGAGACCUACACGGUGGACCUCAGUCACAUCCUGGCCCUCAUCACAGAUGGUCCGACGAAAACAUACUGUCACCGGCGACUUAACUUUUUGGAAUCCAAAUUCAGCCUACAUGAGAUGUUGAAUGAAAUGUCUGAGUUCAAAGAAUUGAAGAGUAACCCCCACCGAGACUUCUAUAAUGUGAGAAAGGUGGACACUCACAUCCAUGCCGCAGCCUGCAUGAACCAGAAACACCUGCUACGUUUCAUCAAGCACACAUACCAGACAGAGCCCGACAGGAUUGUCACUGAGAAGAGGGGCAAGAAGAUCACGCUCAGGCAGGUGUUUGAUGGUCUUCACAUGGACCCCUACGACCUCACCGUGGACUCCCUGGAUGUCCAUGCGGGCCGGCAGACCUUCCAUAGGUUUGACAAAUUCAAUUCCAAGUACAACCCAGUGGGAGCCAGCGAGCUUCGGGACCUGUACUUGAAAACUGAAAACUACUUAGGUGGAGAAUACUUUGCACGGAUGGUCAAGGAAGUGGCUCGGGAACUGGAAGAGAGCAAAUACCAGUACACAGAACCCCGCCUUUCCAUCUAUGGGCGCUCCCCCCUGGAAUGGCUCAACCUGGCCAGGUGGUUCAUUAAUCACAAGGUCUACUCCCCAAAUAUGCGCUGGAUCAUCCAGGUCCCCAGAAUCUAUGACAUAUUUAGAUCCAAAAAGCUGCUUCCAAGCUUUGGGAAGAUGCUGGAGAACAUCUUCUUGCCUCUUUUUGAAGCCACGAUCAACCCCAGGGAUCACAAAGAACUUCACCUCUUCCUCAAAUACGUGACAGGCUUUGACAGUGUGGAUGAUGAGUCCAAACAUAGUGACCACAUGUUCUCUGACAAGAGCCCUAACCCAGACAUCUGGACCAGCGAGCAGAACCCGCCCUACAGCUACUACCUGUACUACAUGUACGCCAACAUCAUGGUGCUCAACAAUCUCCGCAGAGAGCGGGGAAUGAGCACCUUCUUGUUCCGGCCUCACUGCGGGGAGGCCGGUUCCAUCACUCACCUGGUAUCUGCCUUCCUGACUGCCGACAAUAUCUCCCACGGACUGCUGCUCAAGAAGAGUCCAGUCUUGCAGUACCUCUAUUACCUUGCCCAGAUCCCCAUCGCCAUGUCUCCCCUCAGCAACAACAGCUUGUUCCUAGAAUAUUCCAAAAACCCAUUGCGAGAGUUUCUGCACAAGGGUCUCCACGUCUCCCUCUCCACUGAUGACCCCAUGCAGUUCCAUUAUACCAAGGAAGCCCUCAUGGAAGAAUAUGCAAUCGCAGCCCAAGUGUGGAAGCUCAGUACAUGUGACCUGUGUGAGAUCGCUCGGAACAGUGUGCUCCAGAGCGGGCUGUCCCACAAGGAAAAGCAAAAAUUUUUGGGGCCCAAUUAUUAUAAAGAAGGACCUGAAGGAAACGAUAUUCGAAAGACAAAUGUUGCCCAGAUCCGGAUGGCUUUUAGAUAUGAGACUUUAUGCAAUGAGCUGAGCUUUCUGUCUGAUGCCAUGAAAUCAGAAGAGAUUACAGCUUUGUUUAAGUAGGUUCAGUGUUGGGAUAUGCCCCUGGAAAAUGCUGGUCUCAACCUUGCCUGUUGUGGUGGAUGCUGGUCAAGGGGAGCCUGCUCAGGACCAAACAGGGCCUCCCUGGAAGUGAAGGCUCAGGAUGCUGCUCAGGGGCCUCUCACUUUGACCUCCAUUCUCCUCAUUCUAGCAUACCUGGACCCAAGGUGCCAAGACAUUGCACUGUCUGGGUGCAGUGGGGCCUGGGGACUGCCUUGGGGAGCUGGCUUGGUUUGUACUUUUUUCUUAGUUUUCCAGACCCUUCUAAGAAGACUGCCAGUACUUGCAUGAAAGGGAUUGUACUUUCCACUGUCAGAGGCCAUACUGUAUUGCCAAUCAGCUCUCUGGCCCUAAAUGGCGGGUGGAAUAAGAUACAGCCAGUAAGUUUUGACUAAGUUUUGCUUUCUUUUUUAAAAAGUAUUUUUACUAAUCACUUUUGUUCAGAUUUCCUUCACCAUUAUAAGCAUUCAUGCACAGGAUCACAGAAUAGAACAGGAAUGUGCUGUAGGGAUGAUCUAGUCCAACCCUCUCAUCUGACAGAUGAGGAAGCUGAGGACUAGAAGAGGUAAGGACUUGCCGAAGGUCACAACAUGGAGCCCAGUCAACAAAACAGUCCUUGCAGGACACCAUACUGCCUCCAUGAAUUAUGUGGGCUUGCUUUCUGAAAGCCCCUUUUCACCGAAGUCUCUGAGAGGCUUGAAACAGAAAGCUUGGUCCCACUUAGGAAAACAAAGGGAGGUACAGGGACCUAACCCUGGAGCUAAAGGGAACCUGGGAGGUCAGGGAGAGGCAGUGGCCUGGCCAAAGUCACGCAGCGAGUGCUUGUAAGUCAGCAUUGGGACCUUCCUCUAUGACAUACCGCCCCACUCUCCAGUAUUACUUUUGUUUUCUGUAAUUCAUAUCUCAGAAAUAACCAGGAUCCUCGGUCUUUUUUUUCCCCCUCUUUUUAAAGAAUGAAGACCUGGGUUUAUCAUCUCCCUAAACAACAUAGGAAAUAUUUCCCUUCCACAUAACCAGAGAUCUUCAGCUGGUGACCUCAGUGAUUAGACAAGGAGGGACAAUUAAGUGGACUAGUAAAAGAUAGUAAAGUGAUUCUUAGAAUAGAGAUCUGAAUUUAAACUCUCCCAAUUUAUUCCCUGCCAAUGUUUGAAUGUCAUGUGCAUAUGGUAACUAGAAAGCUGCUGGAGCUUACUAGUAAGCUCCCAUGUAUUUCUGUAGGCACACACAGACCCAGAGAAGCUGUUACAGAUUUAGUGGAACCUAUGCUUGUGUGCAAAAAUGGUUAAUAGACUUCAGAUCCUUCUUGUUACUUUCUCUAGCCACAGAAAUAUGGGGGCUGUUGGUUUUUGCAACAAAAUAAUUUUUUGAGUCAAAACUCCUUGCCCACUUUGGCAUGUAACUUUCUUAGAAAAGCCCCAAUUGUAUUCAUUUGCACUAAUGUAUAUAACUAUUGUACAGUGUGAUUUUAGAUGUUUAGAGGCACCCUGUUUAAAAGAAAUGGAAUUAAAGUUUGUUGAGACAAUUGCUCAAUCAUGUGAA